CGCCCGCGCCUGCGCCGUGCACACCAACCGGCCUCGAGCGCCCCGGCGGGAGGUUUUUCCAUGUGAGUGGGGAAGACAGUUGCUGCAAGUAGAAGUGACAUAACAUUUUUCUAGAAUGUCUGAAGAUGAAGAAAAAGUAAAAUUAUGCCGUCUUGAACCAGCUAUCCAGAAAUUCAUUAAGAUAGUAAUCCCAACAGACCUGGAGAGGCUAAGAAAACACCAGAUAAAUAUUGAAAAGUAUCAAAGGUGCCGAAUCUGGGAUAAGUUGCAUGAAGAGCAUAUCAACGCAGGCCGUACAGUUCAGCAACUCCGUUCCAAUAUCCGAGAAAUGGAGAAACUUUGUUUGAAAGUCCGAAAGGAUGACCUAGUACUUCUAAAGAGAAUGAUAGACCCUGUUAAAGAAGAAGCAUCAACAGCAACAGCAGAAUUUCUUCAACUCCAUCUGGAAUCUGUAGAAGAACUUAAGAAACAAUUUAAUGAUGAAGAAACUUUAUUACAACCUUCUUUGACCAGAUCCAUGACUGUUGGUGGAACAUUUCAUACUGCUGAGGCUGAAGAUGAUCCUCAGAAUAUGACUCAGGUAUAUGCGUUGCCUGAAAUUCCUCGAGAUCAAAAUGCUGCAGAAUCAUGGGAAAGCUUAGAAGCGGACUUAAUUGAACUUAGCCAACUGGUCACUGAUUUCUCUCUCCUAGUGAAUUCUCAGCAGGAGAAGAUUGACAGCAUUGAAGACCAUGUCAACAGAGCUGCUGUGAAUGUUGAAGAGGGAACCAAAAACUUGGGGAAGGCUGCAAAAUACAAGCUGGCAGCUCUGCCUGUGGCAGGUGCACUCAUCGGAGGAGUGGUGGGGGGUCCGAUUGGCCUCCUUGCAGGCUUCAAAGUGGCAGGAAUUGCAGCUGCACUUGGUGGUGGGGUGUUGGGCUUCACAGGUGGAAAACUGAUACAAAGAAAGAAACAGAAAAUGAUGGAGAAGCUCACUUCCAGCUGUCCAGAUCUCCCCAGCCAAACUGACAAAAAAUGCAGUUAAAACCCAACUUCAGUCUUAUUGGCGCCAACAUGUCUAUCCUAAUGAGGACCUUUGCUGCUGUUGGACACUCAGUCAGUUUUGGAACAUGAUUAUAUCAAGAUAGUGGCUGUAGAUGUUCAAGUGGGAUUGAACUGUGAUAAGUGGAUAUAUUUUGUUGUUUGCUGGAGUGUUAAUGGAGAUGUUAGAGAUUGAGGAGCCUGGGAUGAGGGUGUGUAGUGUUGUCGGGUAAAGUUUAAAGACUGCCAAGGAGCAGAUUUUCUGCCUGGAAAUGUGAAAAUUGAGCUUACAACUCUGAUAAGACUUGAGGUGUAUGGACAUGAUGGGUUAUGGAAGACUCGUUUAUUCUAUAACCCUGACUUGGAGACCCUAAGGUUAAGUAUCUUAUAAAUAUGUUUGUUUAUCUCCCAAACAUAGGAGAUUAUUUGGCCCAUUGACAAAGAAAAGAAUGGGGAGUUUAGGAGCCUUUCUUAUCAAAUAAGGAAGUCGGGAUCUCACGAGGGGGAACAGGUGAGCUACAUGGUGGAGUCCAUUUGGUGAACCUUAUUGCAGUUUGGUCACCUGUAUUUUCUGGUGACGGACACUAAUAGUGUCAGAAAAUGGAAAGAGAGGUGCAACUUCUCUUUCAGGUAACUUAAUUUGUGACACUGGCUUCUUUUCUGAACUCUUCUUUCUGUCUCUCUUUAAAUAAAGAACACAGAAUCUCAAGUGGUAGGAGACUAUUAAGCCAGUCACUGAGCUUGCUCUGUCAGUCUGUCUCUUAACACCUCAAAGAUCCAGUGGCCUCUGCCUUCCCUCCCUUGUAAUUUUGAACAGUUCUUUGACUUGUGGGGUGAAUUCUACCCAUGUGUAAUGAGGACUUUUCUCAUAAUCUGCUUUCUUGUACUGUCUCCCAUCUCUGUUUCUUUCCAAUCAUCCUUACUUGUAACCUCUAGGUGAAA